AUGGCCGCGGAACCAAUGACCGACACGCAGGUUCACGGUCAAUGCUUCCAUGUGGAGACGGGUGGCGUCGAUGGGACGUCUCCGCGUCCAUCGCAGCAGUGUACUCAACCAUUGAAGUUCCUGGACUCGAUAUCUAACCCGACAGGGACAGAUACCGAGAUUAAAAUGUGGUACUUGGGCACUAUGGACAAUGACCAGUCCACACAGUAUGAUUAUUCGACCGGCCCUUGGCGAUUCGCAAACUCCUCUGCUUCCAUCCGGAUUCUGUCCGCUCGCCUUUGUCGGUCUCGUGGUCCGUGCCACUGGUUCAUCGAGCUCGAAAGUUUCCUCUUUUGCUGGGUCCUCCUGUUCCCCAGUCCCCGCGUGCCCAUGGUUCGAUGGUCUGGCGGGUUGAUCGCCCGAGAGGGUCUUGUCCAAGGCCUCAAUUCCUUUCUGGGCUAG